GAACAAGAGCUCUUCUAACGGUUGUGAAGGAAGAAAACUUGAAAAUGGUUAAGUUGGUAUUUGUGUUGUUGGCGGCGGCGGUGCUGGCGGCGUCGGUGGUGGCGCAGGACAGGGACGAGGACGAGGACAAAUUCGCUGCACCAGCGGAGGCGGCCGACUUUGAACUGAGUCGGCCGGUGCGUCGCAUAGCGCCGGGGCCGUGGACAACGCGCAAUCCGCGCCAUCCGCGGCCGACUCGCUGGCCUGGCCAGUUACAACAAGUCAUAAUAGGUCAUAGGUCAUAAUUGUAACGCCUUUAUUUAUCACAAUUCUUAUAAAUGUCUCAUUAAAUAUUUGUGAAAAAAAAAACAAUAAUAAUAAUUUUUAACCAUCUCUGCUGUUUUUCAAAUUAAGAUAAGGAUAUCGAGUUGUCCUUUUUUCCAGUUGUUUAAAUUUAAGCCCCGCAAUAAAUAAAUUUAAUUAGAAAGCUAAAGAACUGCUAUAUGACACUGUCCACAAAUUAUAAUUCGAUAUAUUUCAAAUGUUAACUAUUUCUAGGCAAAUUUAAAAAAAAAAAUACCAAAAAGGGCCACAGUUUAGAUAAACUCUUGAGAGGAAUCGCUUAAUUGGCACCUUUACUUUUGAUCAGGCGUCCAAGUUUCUCACCGACACCUUGUUCCAGUUCUAUAUCUCCGUUUAUUAGGUGCGGGGAUAAAAAAAACUUUUCUCGCGAAUCGAGUCAGCUGAACCUUUUGGUCGGGGUCAAAUGUCAAAAUUAAUCAAAGCUCAUGCGUGAUUGGGAAGACCCAAAAUCAGUGUUUCCUCAUGUUUUGCACUAGCUAUAAAUGCCUUGAGUUAAAAAAUUUCAUUUCAUUUCAAGUCUGAACUCUUAUUGAAGCAAACACCGAUAUCCAAAUUAAGAUGAAAUUUGUGUCUCAAGGAUGGAUUUUUUUUGCAAUUAAUUGCAUUUUGACUGCAUUUGGUUCGGCGGUUCGCGAGCAACCCGUCCCAGAAAAAAUGCCGGAAAUUCCUGAAUUGAAGUCUAGAAUUGAUUUUGGGGCACGUGAAAGUUUUGCCGACUGCGGAUUUUUGCCGAGACGGAGAAGCAAAAGGGACAAUGCGAAGGUGCGAGGUUCCGGUCUCAUCGUCGGUGGUCAAAGUGCGGCCGCUGGACAACACCCUUGGCAUGCAAGUCUUUCGCUUGAAGAGAUACACGAUUUUUGCGGGGCGACCCUCAUUUCUAAGACCACCCUUGUUGCUGCGGCCCAUUGCUUGUACAGGGAGGCUGGAAUCCCCAUCUUAGCUUCUGAGUUGGAAGUAACGCUUGGGAUGCACAGCGCACUCGAAAGAUUUGAAACCUCACAACAGAAGCUUCAGGUAUCACGAAUCUUGUUGCAUCCUGGCUACAACCAUAGCAACCAUCGAAACGAUCUCGCUUUGAUCGUUUUGCAAAACGAGGUUCAAUUCACGAACUUUGUGCGGCCAAUUUGUCUGUGGAACUCGGACUACGACCUCGACAAAAUCGUCAACAAGACGGGCACGGUGGUCGGCUGGGGCUUCACGGCCAACCACACUCAGCCGGAAUUCCUGCAGGAGGCCCAAAUCAAAGUGGUUUCAUACCAGGAGUGUUUCGAGAGCAACAAAUUUUUUUUUUCUAAAUUCCUGCACCCGAGGGAACACUUUUGCGCCGGAAUUCCUCAAAACCAAAGAGGCGCUUGUAGCGGAGACGGUGGAAGCGGAUUUUAUCUGACGAAUUCGGGGCGGCACUUUUUGCGCGGCGUCGUCAGCAUGGGUCGCUCAAAGAGAGUCAUUACUGAGGACAAUUAUCAAAUCUUCACAUGCAACCCAAAUUACUACGUCCUCUACACCGACGUGACCAACUACAUGCGAUGGAUCGUCGACAACACCCCUGACUUGAAUGCCUAAUUUAAUUGAGAAACCCUUUUUUUCCACUUCAAACAUGCAAUUAUAUUGUGAACUUAUUAUUUUUCUAGAAUAAAAGUUUUCUAAAAAAGUGA